GUCCAAGAAAUUGCCAAGCAAAAUGUGGCUCAUACAUUUUCAAUAGCAGGAAAAAAGAGAUCUCUGGAACUACAAGCCAGGACAGAAGAGGAGAAGAGGGAAUGGAUUCAGGUCAUUCAAGCAACAAUUGAGAAGCACAAACAGAACAGUGAGACAUUUAGAGCUUUCAAUAGCUCUUUUUCUCAAGAGGAAGAGCAUCUUCCUGAUUCCUCAAUAGCAAGCACCAGCUCGGUGGAGUCAAUGCCAGGAGCAGAUGGUGGUGGUGCAUUUGGAGGGAGUGAUUCCUGUAGGAAAUCUUCCAAAUCCAAAAGAGACAAGGAGAAACAAUCUUGCAAGAGCUGCAGCGAGAGCUUUAACUCCAUCACUAAAAGGCGGCACCACUGUAAGCAGUGUGGGGCAGUGAUCUGUGCAAAAUGCUCUGAGUUUAAACCACUUGCAGAUAACAGCCGUCAUAAUCGGGUGUGUAAAGAGUGUUUCCUGCAGUUUCCAGCAAGCCCGUGCGGCCCUGGAGUGGAAGCAGUCGGAGAACAAAAGAAAAGACUAGCUGCAGAG